AUGCAAUUCUCCAAGUCUCUCCUUCUCCUGGCGGCCCUGACCACCGGCACCCUCGCUGCUCCCAAGGGCUUCGAGCGCCGCCAGGCCAGCGCUACUGCCUCUGCCGCGCCGUCUUCAUCUUCUGCUGCCGGUGGCUCCUGGUCCUCGACUCCCUCGGACGGCCAGUACUCAACUUCGGGCUUCGGCGGCCAGACUAGCUCUUCCGGAAGUGGUGUGAGCUACGCCGGUAACGUCGGCAACCCCUACGGCAGCAACAUCAUCCAGGUGUCCGAGUCGGACGCCAGCCAGUAUCAGUACGUUGCUCAGUUCAACGGCCCUAGCUCUGGUACCUGGACCGUCGCCAUCUGGAACAAGAUCGGCCCCGAUGGCCAGAUGGACGGCUGGUUCGGCCAGGCUGUGCAGACCUUCACCAUCUCUUCUGGCGAGACCAAGUACGUUGCCUUCGACUCCGACUCCCAGGGUGGCUGGGCUGCCGCUUCCGGCUCCGUCCCCACUGACUCCAAUGGUGGCUACGCCUCCACCUGGGGUGAGUUCGACUUCGGCUCUUCUGGCAACGGCGGCUGGUCUGGCUUCGACGUCUCUGCCAUCGCUGCCCAGAAUGCUGGCCUCGAGGUCCAGGGCAUGCAGAUCUGUGACGUCCUCUCCAACACCUGCUCCUCCCUGACCGAGAACGCUGCCUCCGUCGACAAUGCCUACACCACUGCCCAGACUGAUGUCGGUGGCAUCGGUGGCAACAUCUCUGGCGGUGCUGUCCGUCUCGCUGUCGUCCUCGACUACAGCGGCUAA